AUGGCGGCCCCCAUGGCAUGGAGGAGGCUUGUGUACUCGGUGUACACACCGGCUCUCUCCGGAGUUUUUAGUAAAAUUUCCGACAAAUUCUUACGGAAACAUGACAAAAGAAGAGGGUCAUCUCUGUUACUCCUUGCUCCUCUCCUGGCUGAAACAGACCCCGUGGUUGUCUCCUCCUCUCGCCCCCCGGGCUCCAGCGGAGUCGAGGGGUUACAUUCCCGUUUUCACUGGAUCGCCGACCAUGUCCCUGCCUUCAGGGUGCCCGGGUCACACAUACACAUCCUCCGCUCCCCGGAUGAGUUUUACCAAGUUAUGAAGGCACGUAUAAAAACGGCCAAGCGUCGGGUGGUGAUGGCGUCUCUGUAUCUGGGCACAGGACCCCUGGAACAAGAUCUGGUUGAUUGUAUGGAGGAAGCUUUGGAGCGGUCCCAGGCUCAAAAGACCCCAGACCUGAGAGUCUCUGUGCUGCUGGACUACACACGCGGGUCCCGAGGGAAGAAUAACUCUCGUACGAUGCUGCUGCCCCUGUUGCAGAGGUUUCCAGAGCAGGUUCGUGUGUCUCUGUAUCACACCCCAGACCUCAGAGGUCUUCUCAGGCUGCUUGUGCCCCAGCGCUUCAAUGAAACCAUCGGAGUUCAGCACAUCAAAGUUUACCUGUUCGACGACAGUCUCAUCAUCAGCGGAGCCAACCUGAGUGACUCGUACUUCACAAAUCGGCAGGACCGGUACGUCCUUCUAGAGGACUGUGGCGAGGUCGCCGACUUUUUCGCCGACCUCGUGGGCGCCGUCGGAGACGUUUCGCUACAGCUUGGUGCCGACGACAAUGUUCACAUGAUGGAGGGCAUGGUGCACCCCUACAAAGGUAACCGGGCUGAUUUCUCCAGGUCAGCACGGCAACGGAUCAUGGACGUGGUGGACAGGGCUCGCGUGCGGCAGCGCAUUCUGGAGUCUGACCAAUCGGAAGAACUGCUGUCGUAUUUGGGGGAGGGGCAGAAAGAUACCUGGGUUUUCCCACUGGUGCAGAUGAAGCCACUGGGCAUCCACCUGGACGAACAGGUGACGAAGAGGCUCCUGACAGAGGCGGGUGGAGAUGCCACAGUGUACCUGACCUCCGGCUACUUUAACCUGACGCGUGCCUACAUGAGGCUAGUUCUGGGCGCAGCUGCGGACUAUCGUAUUCUCAUGGCCUCUCCAGAGGUUAACGGCUUUUUCGGGGCCAAAGGUGUGGCAGGAGCCAUCCCUGCAGCUUACAUACACCUGGCACGGCAGUUUUACACCAAGGUGUGCCAGCUGGGACAGCAGAAACGGGUUCAUCUACACGAGUACUAUCGUCCUGACUGGACGUUUCACGCCAAAGGAUUAUGGUACUACCUUGAAGGGAAGGACCGCCCUUGCUUAACCCUUAUUGGUUCCCCAAAUUUUGGUUACCGGUCUGUGCACAGGGACCUUGAGGCCCAGAUCGCUAUAGUGACAGAGAAUGAAGAUCUUCAGGCUCAGCUGCAGGAGGAGCAGCAGAUGUUAUACCAGAGGUCUUCAGAGGUGUCCAGUGCCACAUUCAGGCAGCCAAACCGCUAUGUGAAACUAUGGGUGAAACUGGUUACUCCACUCAUUAAAAACUUCUUCUGA